CCUCCUCCCCUCUGGGAUAACAGGGCUGGCAUUUGAACAUGCUUAGCUACGACAAGCCUUUUGGGAGACGCUUCCAGCAACUCUCGGUACUCCUUGCCAUAGGAGCAAAAGCAGCACCUAGCCCCUCUUUCUACCCUACACUUUCCAGCCAUGACCGAAGGCAAGGCUCUCAAAGUCCGGGUGACCUUCGCUAUUAUUCUGAUAGGGGUUGCCUUGAUGUUCACAGCAGUGGUGACCGAUCAUUGGGCUGUGCUGAAUCCUAAGGUGGAGGAAUACAACACUACCUGUGAGACAGCUCACUUUGGGCUAUGGAGGCUUUGCAUCAAACGGAUCUACAUUGAAGAAAACAACAUGGAGAAGGAACAAGGUUGUGGGCCCAUAAGCCUGCCAGGAGAGGACAACUGUUCCUAUUUCACACACUUUGCCUCAGGAGAAAGCACUGAGAUCUUUCAAGUAUCAACACAACGAGAAUACAGCAUUUCUGCAGCUGCCAUUGCCAUCUUCAGUGUGGGCUUUUCCAUCAUCGGAACCAUUUGUGUCCUCUUAUCCUUCCGGAAGAAGAUGGAUUACCUCUUGAGGCCAGCUGCCAUGUUCUAUAUGUUUGCAGGCCUGUGCAUCAUCAUAUCAGUGGAAGUGAUGAGGCAAUCGGUCAAAAAGAUGAUCGCGAGCGAUGACACAGAAUGGAUAGAGUACUACUACUCCUGGUCCUUCGCCUGUGCCUGUGCCUCUUUUGUCUUGCUGUUCCUCUGUGGAGUGGCGCUUCUGCUCAUCUCCUUGCCUCGCAUGCCACAGAACCCAUGGGAGACUUGCAUGGACGCCGAGCCAGAGCAUUAAGUGUUACCAGCUCAUGUUGCCACUCCAACCAUAUCAUAUGACUCCUGUUCCUCAAUGGCCAGCUAUAUAUAUAUACAUAUAUAUAUAGAGAGAGAGAGAGUCCAGGAGUCGGUGUGGGAAUAUCUUUGGAUCAUGCCUACUGAGAGAAUCAGAUAGGAGCUGAAUGCAAAAUCCUGAGAUAAAAAAGAAAUGAUGAAGAUGACCUCUUUUGACAAGAUGUGCAAAGACUUGGCUUGAUCACACUGCUUGAUUGCUAACACAGCCUGGAAACGUUGGUAUAAAUGUCACUGAAUAGAAAUACAGACUUAAGAAAGAGAUAAAUUUUUGUCUAAAUAGGAGUUGUGGUCACUCUUUUAGGGACAAACAACCAGAUGCCCAUCUGAUAUUUUGGGUUAUAGCUCCAUUAAUCCUUCAUAAUUGGCCAUAUUAACAGUGGUCCAUAGGAUAUGUAAUCCAAAACAUCUGAUGGACUCCUGCCCCAUUUGAUUAACCCUAGGAAUGAUAAGGGGGGGGGGGGAAGAACCCCAAAUCAUAUUUUGUCAGUGUAUAAUUUUUUCUCCAUCUGUAAAUAAUCUUACCAUCAAUUUGGAGGCAGUCAUAAUGUUAUUAAGCACAUUACCAAAAUAGAUUCUAAAAAAAGAUGUUGGAUUACAUGAAGACAGAAGAAUCUCUAAGGCAUAUGCUUAGAGUCAACAGUGAUGAUUUUUAUGAUACUUCUUAUAUGUCAGCUAGUAAUUUGUUGAGCUGGUAUGAUUGGGGAAUGACAGAGACAAGGAAAUUGAAUAAUAAUAAUGAUUUUGAAAACCAAAUUGAAUUAUGCAGAGGGAAGCGAGCAAGGGAUCUGCUCCAAGCAUCAGCUAAUAUUUUUAACUACCGUCUUCCUGCAUCUGCCACUGUCCAGAUGUUUUUGACCACAAUUCCCAGCUGAUCCCACCAGCUGGCUUUGCUGGUGGUGAAUUACAAACUGUGGCGAAUUGGGGAACGCUAUUUGACAGCUUCAGUGGUUCUAGAACAGCGGCAGUCACAUUCCACAAACAGCCAACAUGUUUUUAGCAGAGGAAAGAAACAAAAGCUUUACAGCCAGGGGAAGACACAAUAUGUAUGUACAUCUGAGUAUUUCAUAGCAUUUGCAGCCUGGUUAGCAUUUGUAAAGGACGAGAAGCUAUUAAACCGGUUGAGUGCAGGAGGUAAGAAGCUAUAAAGGUUGACUCAGCCUUCCAUCCUUCUGAGGUGGGUAAAAUGAGGACCCAGAUUGUUGGGGGCAAUAGACUGAAUCUGCAAACCGCUUAGGCAGGGCUGCAAGCACUGUGAAGGUGUAUAUAAGUUUAAGUAUUAUUGCUAUUGCUAAAUGCUUCAGAUCAGGUGACAGAAGAACACCUGCCCAGGUACCUCCCUACUCCCCCACCCCCCCAAAAAAACACCUGGAAGUCCACAAUCCC